UCCAUCUCUCUGUUCUCCCCGUUACCCAGUGUGAUGCUUCCGUGGAACGAGUGGCUGUGGGCCCACGAAUUUUGGCUGCCGCCGGGGUUCACCUGGGAGGACAUGAAGGAAACCGAGGAGAUCCGCUACCCGCAGCCCCGGCACCUGCUGCUCAGCAUCCCCUUGGCUCUUCUGCUCGUCGCAAUCCGGUUCAUCUUCGAAAGGAAGGUCGCCAUACCCCUGAGCAGGAAGAUGGGGCUGAGGGAGGAAGUACGGAGGAAAGCCGCUCCGAAUCCCAUCCUGGAAGCUUUUUAUGCCACAUGCAGGAGAGGCCCCAAAGAGGAGGAGCUCAGCGGCCUUGCCAAGCGGUGCGACUUACAGCCUAGGCAAGUGGAGAGAUGGUUCCGGUAUCGGCGGAACGAGGACCGACCCAGCUUGACCAAGAAGUUCUGUGAAGCCAGCUGGUUCGGUGCUUUUGACUUAAUUUCCUUCUGCGUGGGUUUGGCCGUCCUCUACGACAAACCCUGGUUCUGGGACCCCCAGGAGUGUUGGGUCGGUUAUCCCCAGCAGCCGCUCCAGCCCUCCAUCUUUGCCUACUACAUAUUGAAGCUCUCCUAUUUCUGGUCUAUGGUCUUCACCCUGCCUUCUGACAUCAAGUGGAAGGACUUCUACCAAGAGAUUAUCCAUCACACCUCCACCCUCUUCCUGACCAGCUUCUCAUACUGUGCCAACUAUGUCCGGAUUGGCACCCUGGUCAUGUUCAUACACGACGCUUCAGACUGCUUCAUGCAGCCAGCAAAGAUUUUCAACUACGUGAAGUGGCAGAAAACUUGUAACUGUCUGUUUUUGGCUUUCUCGGCCGUUUUCCUGUUCACUCGCCUGGUGAUUUUCCCCUACAAGAUUCUCUACAACACGUAUUACUACACCAUGGAGCUCUUCCAGCCUGUCUUUGGCUACUAUUUCAUGAACGCUCUUCUGAUGAUCCUACAAGUCCUUCACAUCUUCUGGUCAAGCCUGAUCGUCUGCAUGAUUUAUAGAUUAAUGCGAUUCGGCAGGGUGCGAAAGGAUCUGAGAAGUGACACAGAUGAAACCGAAAUCUGGAGCAUCCAUUAG